AAAAAAGUGUGCAAUCCAUUACCGGAUGACAUUGUGAUGACAUCACAUUGAUGUUCAGGUGACACCACCUUCAUGAAUUGCUGAAUGACCUUGUGUGAUGAUGCUCAAUUGUACAUAUGAUUCUCCCCAAUGACAACAGAUUGACACUCAAGUGACACUGCCUUCAUGAAUUUCUGGAUGACCUCGUGUGAUGAUGCUCAAUUGUACAUAUGAUUCUCCCCAAUGACAACAGAUUGACGCUCAAGUGACACUGCCUUCAUGAAUUUCUGGAUGACCUCGUGUGAUGAUGCUCAAUUGUACAUAUGAUUCUCCCCAAUGACAACAGAUUGACACUCAAGUGACACUGCCUUCAUGAAUUGCUAGAUGACCUUGUGUGAUGAUGCUCAAUUAUACAUAUGAUUCUCCCCAAUGACAACAGAUUGACGCUGAAGUGACACUGCCUUCAUGAAUUGGUGAAUGAACUUGUGUGAUGAUGCUCAAUUACACAUAUGAUUCUCCCCAAUGACAACAGAUUGAUGCUCAAGUGACACUGCCUUCAUGAAUUGCUGAAUGAACUUGUGUGAUGAUGCUCAAUUAUACAUAUGAUUUUCCCCAAUGACAACAGAUUGAUGGUCAAAUGACACUGCCUUCAUGAAUUGCUGAAUGAACUUGUGUGAUGAUGCUCAAUUACACAUAUGAUUUCUCAAUGACAACAGAUUAACGCUCAAGUGACACUGCCUUCAUGAAUUGCUGAAUGAACUUGUGUGAUGAUGCUCAAUUACACAUAUGAUUCUCCCCAAUGACAACAGAUUGACACUCAAGUGACACUGCCUUCAUGACUUGCUGAAUGAACUUGUGUGAUGAUGCUCAAUUACACAUAUGAUUCUCCCCAAUGACAACAGAUUGAUGGUCAAGUGACACUGCCUUCAUGAAUUGCUGAAUGAACUUGUGUGAUGAUGCUCAAUUACACAUAUGAUUCUCCCCAAUGACAACAGAUUGAUGCUCAAGUGACACUGCCUUCAUGAAUUGCUGAAUGAACUUGUGUGAUGAUGCUCAAUUACACAUAUGAUUCUCCCCAAUGACAACAGAUUGAUGCUCAAGUGACACUGCCUUCAUGACUUGCUGAAUGAACUUGUGUGAUGAUGCUCAAUUACACAUAUGAUUUCUCAAUGACAACAGAUUAACGCUCAAGUGACACUGCCUUCAUGAAUUGCUGGAUGACCUUGUGUGGUGAUGCUCAAUUGUACAUAUGAUUCUCCCCAAUGACAACAGAUUGACGCUCAAGUGACAUUGCCUUCAUGAAUUGCUGGAUGACCUUGAUGAUGGCCAAUUUCACCUGGAAUAACAAUUCCCUCCAAUGACAAUUUAGUUCAGAACCAAAAUGAUAUCCAAUGAGACAUGUCCAGAGAUCAGAGAGAUCAGCCCUGUUGCACUUGUCAUUCACUCAACAGUUGCUGCCAGUAUAGCUUUUGCCGCAGCAGUUAGCAAUGGCAUCAUGCUUAUCAUAUUGUGUAAGAAUUUUAGAAAAUUGUCAUCAACAUCAAUUUUGGUAUUCAGUUUAACUAUUGCUGAUUUUAUAACAGGUUUAAUCUGUAUUCCACUUAUGAUUUUCAUUCGUUUACUUGUACCCCUUUAUGCUCAAAAGGGAGAACAACUGCUUGAUCCGGGAGCACAAAGCAUGGUUUGUUGUGCUACAUUCUUUAGUGGACUUGUCACUUACAUUGUGUCAUUCUGCAUAAUGGCAGCUGUAGCUGUAGAAAGAUUUCUUGGCAUGCUGUUUUAUAGGACACUGCAUCAGCGUGUGGCUAAACGCAAUGCAAAGUUGGUUGCAGUGGCCCUUUGGAUCUAUAUUACAACUUGGGUUGCAGGUGCACUACCCCAAAACUUCAACUUUAACCCAGAACUUGGCUGUCAUUUGUCAUUAAGUUUCAAACCAUUGUUUGUCCUUGUUGUGCAGUCACAUUAUGGAUUAUGUUUAGCAUUAUGUGUUAUAUUCUAUAUAUUCAUAUUUGUUACUAUUAAAAAGCAUAGAAAUCGUAUCAAUGUCCAAAUACAAACAAAUCCUGUUAUUGCCAUUGCGCAUCUCAAUCAGCAAAAAUGGACUGUUACAAUAUUCCUUGUAGUAGCAGUAUUUAUAGCUACUUGGUUUCCCUUUUUCAUCACUGUAAACAUCAUCAAAGAGGUGAACUGUAUCUUGCCUUGGAAAAAGAAUGUUCUGUUCUCUGUGACAGAAUUAGCAUAUUUGAGUUCUUUGGCUAAUCCUUGGAUAUAUACAUACAGGCACAGAUGUUAUAGGAAUGCUUUGAUAAAACUGUUGCAGCCAAACAAAAUUCAACCACUUUAAAAAUAACAUCAUGGUUAUUGGUAGUCUGCACAAUUGAGUUUAAAAUGAGAUCAGCCUUGAGAUGAGACUAAAGGGCAAUAAUUGCUCGACAUUAAGAAAACAGAUAUUGUUUUCAUUCUCAAGUUUCUCAGAGGUGCAUGUCAUUAUCUGCUUCUGUCACCGCAAAUUGCCAUGGGGUGACAUUUUGCAUGUCAAUGCCUUGUGUUAGUUCCACUACAAGAAUAUUAUUUAUUGGAAAAUGAUUUGUUGUUCUGAAAUUUCUGUACUUGUUAUUUAUUAUAGAUAAGGUAGAUGUUUAAUGUAGUGAAGUGAAAUGCUGUUACAGUUGAUUUUGCACUUGGAAGUGUAAUUAUAGAUCACAUUGUUGUAUAACUAGAAACUUUCAAUUGCCCAUAAUCUUGAAUAUAUAAGUAAAAUAAAUGUAUGCAACGUGUACCACCUUUUUUGCUCUGAGGUCAUUUAAAGUCACUUGUACAUCUGAUAACUUUGUAAUUGGCAUUCGUUCAAUACAAGUAUUGCUGUAUAUGUUAUUGAUAACUAGAGAUCCAUGUUUUGUAUUUGCUCAGUAAUUGGUAACUGGAGGCCCAUGUCUUGUGUAUAAUUAUUAGUAACAAGAGAUCAUUUUAGAGCAUGCUAUUGUCAAUAGUAUUAUUAUACAGGGAAUGUAGAAUUGAUUACAGGAUGUUUGAACUUAUCAAUAAUUGUACAUUCUGCAACUCCCAGUUUGUUGGGUCAUACUUUAGAAAUAGUGAGGAGUCUUUUAAUAAU